AUGCCGCCGGACGACGCGGCCGAGGCGCAUUCGGCCGCCGCCAGGGCUGAGCGCGCCGCCGUGGCGGACGCUGCGCGUGCAGCGGCGCUGCAGGUGGCGGACGCGGCGCGCCAGAGCUACGAGCGAGGCAAGGCUGUCGCCGCUUCGCUCUGCGCUGCGAUCGCCGACACGGACGCAAAGGCGUCGGCCGCAGAGGCGCUCUGCGAGAGGCGCGGCGCCGAGCUGAGCGCCGAGCGGCUGACUGAGCUGGCCAGGCGGGAGGGGGAGGACGCGAGGCGGCGGCUCGAGGAGGUUGCGACCCGAGGGUGGGAGCUCGCGGGCCGGAUGGCGGCGGCGGCAGCUGCAAACGCCGCCCUUUGGGACGAGGGCUCCAGUGGUAGCAAUGGUCAGGCUCGCAAUGGUUGGCUUCCAGGGCGAGGCACGCCAGGCCUCGAUGCCGCUGCGUCGGCGGGGCUUCGAAAGCUGAGGGAAGUACCGGCGUCGACGGUCUCGAGCGCUGCCGUCUCCGAGCGAGGGAUGGAGGCGUUGUGGGAGGUGAUCGAGGCGGCGGCGGCGCAGCUGCUUGGGGUGGCGGUAGAGGCGGCCGAGGAGCGGUUGCGUGGCGCAGCUUCCAUCACGGCAGCAUCUGAUGCGCUACUCUCCGAGCUCGCGGCGGCGGAGGAGGCGCAGGCGGCCGGCGAGGCCGAGGCACGCACCCUCCGCUCGCGUCUCUCUGUGGCGGCGCUCGCCGCCGCUGCCGAGGGGGAGGUGUCCGCGGCGCUGCGCGCUGACCUCGACCGAGAGCGCGCACGCUUGAAACGCGAGUUUUGCGCCGUCCACUCUGCGCUCGCGGACGAGCAGGCGAGCGCGUGCGCGCUGCAGUUUGAGAUGGCCGCGGCUUCGCAGGUCACCAUCCCAACUAAAAAUCACGCAUGA